AUGUCCCAUUACGCUGGGUACAUGGAAGAUGAAUACGAAAUGGAAGAUGUAGAUGAUGAUAUGGAUGACGAGUUUCGUGGUAGAGAAAUGGGCGGCUCAGAUUCUGAUGUUGAUGAAUAUGACUACUUGAAUAGCAAAGCAGCUGAUACAACUGCUGCUCAAGCAAGAAAAGGAAAAGACAUCCAAGGUAUUCCUUGGGAUAGACUUAGCAUUACUAGAGAAAAAUACCGCCAAACUAGGUUAGAACAAUACAAGAAUUAUGAAAACAUUCCUAAUUCCGGAGAAGGGUCAGGGAAGACGUUAUCAAAUUUAUUCAGUGAUGUGGAAGUGUCAGUUUCGACUACUAAGAGUAACUUGAUCGUGAUUCUUUUCUCUUUGGCAAACCGGAUGGCAAAGAUACAAAGAAAGGAUCUUUAUAUUAUGAGUUCAGAAGAAAUGCUAGAUCAGUGA